CCACAACGUUAUGGGUUCACGUGUUCAGUCAUGUGACAUCUACUGACUCUCCGAAAGAUAAACUGGAAACGGAGCUGGUACGGUCAGUGCCUGCCUGAAGCUGCCCUAUGUUACAGUAAAACUAUCAGCAUCGAUACAGAAUGUGGACCCUUUGCUUGCUCUGCUUGCUGUCAGUCCAGUCCGUUGUCUGGGCUGAACCACACCUUCUUCCACUUUCAGAGGAGAUGGUGAACUAUAUCAACAAGGCCAACACAACAUGGAAGGCUGGCCAUAACUUCCAGAAUGUUGACUACAGUUAUGUGAAGGCCCUGUGCGGAACGUAUAUGGAUGGCCCCACGCUGCCAGUUUUGGAAGAAUAUGCCGAAGACAUAAAGCUGCCUGAGAACUUUGAUGCCCGGGAACAAUGGCCAAACUGCCCCACUAUCAAGGAGAUCCGAGACCAAGGAUCAUGUGGUUCCUGCUGGGCCUUCGGGGCAGUCGAGGCUAUCUCCGACAGAGUGUGCAUCCACAGUAACAGCAACGUGAGCAUAGAAAUCUCCGCUCAGGACCUGCUGAGCUGCUGCCACAUCUGUGGAUUUGGGUGCCAUGGAGGAUAUCCUGCUGCAGCCUGGUACUAUUGGCGGAAACGGGGUUUAGUGACCGGAGGACUGUAUGAUUCAAAUAUAGGUUGCCAGCCCUACACCAUCCCCCCGUGUGAGCACCAUGUGAGUGGCUCACGGCCGCAGUGUAAAUCUUUAGAACAUACACCUCACUGCAAGUCCCAGUGUGAAGCUGAAUACAAGAAUUCCUACAAAGCAGAUAAACAUUAUGGAAUGAGCGCAUACCAUGUCCGAUCUAAAGCGCAAGCUAUAAUGGCAGAGAUUUAUAAAAACGGUCCAGUGGAGGGUGCCUUCACCGUCUUUGGCGACUUCCUUCUGUACAAGACUGGUGUGUAUCAGCAUGUACAUGGUUUUCCAGUGGGUGGUCACGCCAUCAAGAUUUUGGGCUGGGGUACAGAGAAUGGCACCUCCUACUGGCUGUGUGCUAAUUCUUGGAAUACUGACUGGGGUGACAAUGGAUUCUUCAAAAUUUUAAGAGGAAAGAAUCACUGUGGGAUUGAGUCGCAGAUUUAUGCUGGAAUUCCCAAAAAUUAGAAGCGUAUCAUAACUGUAUUAAGAUGUUCAGUAUUAAAUGUUUUUAAAAAUGUUAAGUCUGGAAAAAAGGUUACUUUUUUUUCCCCCCAACAUGUAGAACAUGUUCUGAUAGCUUGUUGUUGUUCAUUGAUGAGUGUAUUGGUUUUUAAGGUCAAAGUGUCAAAAAACACCACUGAUAUUUGUUUAAUUAUG